AUGGGGUGUUUUCAGUGGGGGAACACAGAACUGCCCCCCGAGCACUCGGGGUGCUUCUCUUCCCCUUCACCAGGUGCCAAAGUGGCCAGAAAACAGCUCGUUGUGGCAGCAGGUGCUGCUGCCCCGGUGGUGGAGACGCAGUUCGUGCUGUCCUUCGUGCACCGGUUCCUGGAGCACCGCGGGGCCACCACCUACUUUGCCUUCUGCUACCCCUUCUCCUACACCGAGUGCCAGGACAUGCUGGCACAGCUGGACGGCCGCUUCCAGGACUGCAGGCACAUGUCCCCCAGCAGCCCCCUGGACUCUGUCUAUUACCACCGGGAGCUGCUGUGCCACUCGCUGGACAAGCUGCGUGUGGACCUGCUGACGGUCACCUCGUGCCACGGCAUGCAGGAGAAGCGGGAGCCGCGGCUGGACAAGCUCUUCCCAGACACCAGCACGCCCCGGCCACGCCGCUUUGCUGGGAAGAGGGUGUUUUUCCUCAGCAGCAGAGUCCACCCAGGAGAAACCCCCUCCAGCUUUGUUUUCAAUGGCUUCCUGGACUUCAUCCUGCGGGAGGAGGAUCCCCGUGCCCAGAUGCUGCGGCGGAUGUUCGUCUUCAAGCUCAUCCCCAUGCUGAACCCUGACGGGGUGGUGCGGGGCCACUACCGCCCUCCCCUGCCCCCCGAGCCCCCCGAGCCCAUCGCACCCCGGGACAGUGGCCUGGCCUACUACGUGGACCUGCACGGCCACGCGUCCAAGCGCGGCUGCUUCAUGUACGGGAACAGCUUCAGCGACGAGAACGACCAGGUGGAGAACAUGCUGUUCCCCAAACUGAUCUCCCUGAACUCGCCUCACUUCGACUUCACGGGCUGCAACUUCUCGGAGAAGAACAUGUACGCCCGGGACAAGCGGGACGGGCAGUCCAAGGAGGGCAGCGGGCGCGUGGCUGUCUACAAGGCCCUGGGCAUCAUCCACAGCUACACCCUGGAGUGCAACUACAAC